AUGGGUAAACGAUAUGACUCGAUGGCAGCGCCGGUGGUUCGUGCUGUACGACGACGGGGAGCUCAGCUACUCUGUGGACGAGCACGUGAGUACCUUCCCUUACCAUUAGACUUCCCAGAAGGAAACGCACGAGCCAUGCGCGGUACGAACGUGGCUGAGGGAGGUGGUUUACAUCUUUCCUGUGCAGGAUGUCCACUGGAUGAUGGUAGGAGUGAUGAUGAGAUGAUGGAGAUAUCUAUUGAACCAGUCAACGAAUUUUGA